UGUGGGACUGGUCACAUGCGACAUCUCACUCCGUACGCCAAGUCCAUCUAAUCCGACAGUCAAACUGUCGUCUUUACUUAGUUAUGCUUCGGUCUGACAAAAUCAUUAAUUAAGCGCUCCACGGUAAUAUUUUAUCUGUCUGUACGAUUGUAUUACAGGUAAAUAGUAUAUGCGUCUCAUCUCAAACUCAUCUCUCAAAUCUGCAGCAACCGUGGUUGAGUUAUUUGCUGGCGGACACCUGUAUGGGCAGUUUCGACUUAAGGUGAAGGGGAGGAGGUGACACUCGUAGUAACACCGGUUAUCUUUGAAUAAUGUGGUAACUCUCACAUCUGAUUCUUAUUGUGCUUGGACAUUUCCCUGGCGUUUUAAUAUGAACUUGGAACUGUUUUGGCUGACGCUGCUGGUGGUCGGCGGGAGUGCUCAGCGUCUCGCUCCCUACUUGUACAGAUGGCGCAACAUGCAAAGAACACCGACCACGAGAGCUGGUAACCUUAACGACCGUUUUGUAACCAGACAACCACCAUUACGAAAUCAGUUGAAUACAUUAAGACUCCAUCAGAGGGUAGCAUCUAGACUAGCCAGACAGCGAUUGGCUAACUCACUAGCCAAUCAGAGAUUAAAUGCAAAUCUGGCCAAUCAAAGACUUGCAUUCUUGGAUCCGGUACGCGGUAACCGCCAUUCUGUCAACUACCGACCUCUGUCAAGGUCGGAUCAAAUAGGUCAGUACUACAAAGGUAAAACCCAAAGUUUGACGGGACUAAGAAUGUUCCCAGUGAGGGCCUCAAAAUCUUUCGAAGACGACAGCAUUUUCAAGAACACUGCAUCCUCUGAAAAUGAAAAUACAUACGCCAACGAUAACAAUUUCUUUCUGACGCUGCAGAAGACGAGACAGCAGCUUGCCGGUGGAUAUUCUGACAAUAGCAAAUACAGCAUUAGUGUCAUUCCUCGGGAAAACACAGCCGUGAGGAUCGUACCCAAGACAUCCCUUUGGGACAGGCUCAUUACUUACUUACUCAACGACUGGGAGAGCCAAUAACGGCGACAUCUGGUGUUUGGUCCUACCAAUAAUAAACUCAGUCGAGACGCAAAUGGCAGUUUUAUUCCAGUAAUAUUUUCAUAGGGGAAAGUUGCUUGACAUUUUAUCACAAUAUGCUUAUAUCCAUAAAUAUAACAUUACCACCCACCUUGCAUAAAGCUAUCCCGUGAUCGUGUCAUUAAACACUCCCCCAUACACGGGUCAAGGAGAUAGAUGACAAUGCACGAAUGCUUGCUUUAAAGGAUUUUGUUUGCUUUGCUUAAAAUUCAGAAAUCUCCAUAAAUCUUUUCUCUGAAAUCAGUGCUAUGUGACACAAACCCCAGUGGUAAAGAACAUGGAUUUUGGUUGAUUCCUUGGAGAUGGGAGUGGGAUACUUGCGAGUUUCUAUGCGAGCUGAGGCUAGCUGAUUUAGGUCAGAAAUCACAUCAACGACAUACUAGUGGUCAUCAGAUUUGGACAUUAACUGACCAGUACAGAUUCGUGUACUAAAUAUUGACAGUAACUUAAACAAGUGUCUGACCCGUGUCAGCUGAAGGAAGUGAGAAUCGGUUGUAAUAAAAGUGCUGCGGUCCUAGAAAUCCAGUAGAGUUAAAAUGGACGAUAUUAGCGCACGAGGACCAAACGCUGACAAUUGUUUUGAAAGAAUAUACUAAAGUGAAUCACGUGACAAUUUUGAAUGACGUAAUACAAAUGAAUAGUGGUUCACAUUGGGGAAACGACUGGUUGACAGUUAUUUUUUCUCAAGUGACUGAGAACAAGCUUCAUUGUUUGGAAUAAGGAAAAUAUUUACCAAAAACGGCCACAACUUAAGAUUUGACGUGUAAAAAUGUUCUUCAUUAUUUCUUUCUACAGUGAAGUAGCAUUCAAUAAUUCCCGAUAUUUUACAGUUUAAAUAUAAUUUUGAAAAACAAAAAAAAUGCUAUGGUUUAUAUUACAUUCCCUUUCGUCAUAAUGGAUAAUACCCUCUUAUGAUACUCACAGCACUCUUGUGUCCUGAUCGUUCUGUAGCGCCACACGCCUCGGAUAUAUUUGUAGUCCAAACGUGAACAAUUGAGAAGGUUGAAAGUCUUUGUAUUUAUUUUUCAGCUACAAAUAAACCGGUUUUUAAUCUAAA